UCUUGAACCGGUUAUAGAGUUUUGUCGGUGAAACAACUGUGGGUUGGGAUCGUGGGGAUCCAUUGAGAGAUCGAGGCGAGAAGAAUCAAAUGAGUGCGGAAGCAAGCUCGUAAUUUUCAAGAUUACGUUGGAUUUUGUCUUAUUUGUCCACUGCUGCUGCCUUGCAUGGGAUCGUCUUCAUCAAGAUCCAACUCGAGAAUGGAUGAAACCAGUCCGAGCAAUGAUCGAAACAGCGGAGCCCCAGCAGCUGAGCAGGACAACGAACAGGACGCAGAUUUAGCCACUAUUCUGCAGUUCCUUAUCAGAAGUGGCCAAAUCCAUAUCAUAACCGCGGAGCACGAAGAAGUGGACGACGAGAACGUUGUGUCUCCUCCCAAGAUCAACGUCCAGCCCAAUACCGCCGUUCUUGAUAAGUGCGAGUUUAGCAUGAGGACCAAAAUUGAGAGUGGCGUGCAAAGGAGUGGAUCCGGGAUGAAGAGACCAAACUCUAUUCCACUGCUUUUGCAGAGUCGAGAGUAUGGAAUGCUUGGCCAAAACUGUUUCUCAAGUGGAGAUCGCUGCAAAAUAUUCAACAAUUUCCUGCCUAACACACUCGAUGUUGUACAAAAUUAUCACAACAAAGCAUUCUGUGGUACCUACUCAAGAGAAGGCGAAUUCUUCUUGAGCGCUUGUCAAGAUCGCAAUUUGCGCCUGUAUGACACUAAAAAUGGGCAGUUCAAACUGCUGAAAACAAUUCAAGCCAGAGACGUUGGUUGGAGCAUUUUGGACACCGCGUUUAGCCCCGAUGGCACUCACGUUGUCUACUCGAGUUGGUCGGAAUGCAUUCACAUUGUAAAUUUGUUUGGCGACACCGACAACCAGGAAGCACUGCCUUUGAGUCCUGAUGAUCGAAGGUUUUGCAUUUUCUCGCUGGCGUUUUCAAAUGAUGGCCAAAAGAUCCUCGGUGGAGGAAAUGAUGGAUACAUCUAUCUGUACGACAGGGAAUGCCAGCAACAGUGUCUUAGAAUUGAAGGGCAUGAAGAUGACGUUAACUCCGUCGCUUUUGCUGAUAGCACUUCUCAAAUUCUGCACAGUGGGGGAGACGAUGGACUUUGUAAAGUGUGGGACACGAGGACACUUAGCGAGACCAACCCAAAACCUGUCGGCGUGCUCGCGGGGCACAUGGACGGAAUCACAUUCAUUGAUCCUAAGGGUGACAGCCGACACUUGAUCACCAACUGCAAAGACCAGUCUAUCAAACUGUGGGACAUCAGGGUGUUUUCCUCUGAAAAUGGGCAAGACAACACAAGACAAGCAGUCAUGGAUCAAAACUGGGACUACCGGUGGCAGCGAGUGCCAAAAAAGUUGAUAAACCCAAAGACAAGGCUGGAUGGCGACACAUCCAUCAUGACUUACAGAGGACACAGUGUUCUGCAAACGCUCGUUCGCUGUCGUUUCUCACCUGCAGCGACGACUGGCCAACGCUACAUUUACACUGGCUGUGCUGCCGGCAGGGUCAUCAUUUACGAUGCUCUCACCGGUAAAAUUGAGAGGACUCUGACGGGUCACAGAGGUUGCGUCCGAGACGUCUCUUGGCACCCGUACAACCAAGAAAUCAUCAGUACUUCUUGGGAUGGAUCCCUUGGUCGAUGGACGUAUGAAAUGCUGGAGAGUGCGAUCGACGAAGCUAUGCUGGUGGACAACUCGGGCCCAAGUUUGCCGAGGAGAAGCCAGAGGCUGGUCGAAAAGAUGCUGAAGCUUCCAGGUGGAAACUGUGACAACGUUUGACCAGCUAGUCUUAAUUUCCGUGAGAAGUGCGGCAAUAACGGAUCAGGUAUACAACUUGCACGCACCAAAAACUUGAUAUUGUCACGAAUCAAAACUGCGAAUUGGAACCAAAACAAAAUUGACUUGUUGUACAAAAUGUGCAAGCUGUAUUAAAAUCUUAAGUUGAGUGCAUCAGAUAAAAGACUGGCGAUCGCUUGUGUGCGUUGAGUAUGCGUUCAUCAAAAUCAAAGUAUGGGUUGGAAUGUAAAUUGUAUAAAAUACCAUUGCUGAUGACGCGCAUCCACUUUUCUAGAGAAUCUAGCCAAACCAGCCAAUUUGUACUUGCUAUUAAUUUUGUCACAAAUCAUUGUGAUUUUUAAGUUCCUAGAAAUUACUAUGGCAGAAGUCCACAAGAAAUUAAUCAGAAAAAUGCUGGAAAUUCUUAAUUAACAUGCAUUUUCAUUAUCAUUUUUGUCUCACAAUUUGAGGCCUUCAUUAAACUAACAUUAGAUAAUAAUUAAAGCAGCUUUGUUUUCUUCUUCUUAAACUUGAAAAAUAAAUACAGCACCAGGUUGAUACUGAUUUUCACAGUAUGUGGGGGGGGGGAUCAAGCAUCAUAGUCAUUUCAUAGAACCAUGAUGUUGAUAUAGAUGACAAAUAACUUGAAAAUAUUUUUAGUUUUAAAAAACUAAUGAUUUGUUUAUUAUGUUCGGAUGUUGUGUAUUAUUUUUUUUACAGAGCAAAAAGAUGAUAUUUGAAUGAAAUAAAUAUUAAAUGUUAUCAGAACUCAAGAGUUUUCCACAGAGAA